AUGGAGUCCACAGUGGGUUUCUUUCUGGUCUUGUUGGUCCAGAGCGGGUCCCGGGUCGGGGCAGCGUCCAAGGAGAUCUCAUGCGAGCCCCUGACGGUGCCCAUGUGUCGCGGCAUCGGCUACAACCUGACCUACACACCCAACCAGUUCAACCAUGACACCCAAGAGGAGGUGGGCCUGGAGGUGCACCAGUUCUGGCCCCUGGUCCGGAUUCGCUGCUCCCCGGACUUGCUCUUCUUCCUGUGCAGCAUGUACACGCCCAUCUGUCUGCCAGACUACCGCAAACCGAUCCCGCCGUGCCGCUCGGUUUGCGAACGCGCCAAACGCGGUUGUUCGCCCCUCAUGAGCCAGUACGGGUUCGAGUGGCCCGAACGGAUGAGCUGCGAGCGUCUACCCCAACUGGGUGGUGACACCCUCUGCAUGGACCACAACGGCAGCGAAGCUAGCACCUCGCCCCCGCCGCCCUUCGCAAAAGCCACACCCAAGCACCGCCCCAGAGCGGCCGACGCCCUGCCCCCGUCCAAAGGUGAGCGCGAGUGCCGGUGCCGGGACCCCCUGGUGCCCAUCAAAAGGGAGUCGCACCCGUUGUACGGGAGGGUGCGAACGGGGCCGCUCCCCAACUGCGCCCAGCCUUGCCACCAGGCGUACUUCUCGGAAGAUGAGCGCACCUUCACUGCCCUUUGGGUGGGGCUGUGGGCGGGGCUUUGUUUUGCAUCCACCCUCGCCACAGUAGCCACCUUCCUCCUGGACGUGCAGCGCUUCAAGUAUCCCGAACGACCCAUUAUCUUCCUGGCCGCUUGCUACCUCUUCGUGUCGCUGGGGUACAUCAUCCGGCUGGCGGCGGGGCACGAACGGGUGGCCUGCGCCCCGGGCGGUGCUGACCAGUCGCACAUCCUCUACGACACCGGCGGCCCCGCUUUGUGCACUCUGGUUUUCCUGCUGGUAUACUUCUUCGGAAUGGCUAGCUCUAUCUGGUGGGUGGUUUUAUCCUUCACGUGGUUCCUGGCAGCGGGUAUGAAAUGGGGCGGCGAGGCCAUUGCAGGGUACUGCCACUACUUCCACCUGGCCGCAUGGCUGGUCCCCAGCGUCAAGACAGUCUUGGUUCUGGCCUUAGGUGCAGUGGAUGGGGACCCGGUUGCAGGAAUUUGCUACGUGGGCAACCAAAACCUUGAAAACCUCCGGGGCUUGGUUCUCGUGCCCUUGGUGGUCUACCUUUUAGCCGGAUCGUUCUUUCUCCUAGCCGGAUUUGUCUCUCUCUUCCGUAUCCGGAGUAUCAUCAAACAGGGCGGCACCAAGACUGACAAACUGGAACGACUCAUGAUUCGCAUCGGACUCUUCGGGGUGCUCUACACUGUGCCUGCCACGGUGGUGGUGGCCUGUCUGUUCUACGAGCAGCACCGCCGCCCCGAAUGGGACCGGGCGCUGGCCUGUUCCUGCGCUGCCGAGCGCCAACAAUUGGGCGGCGGACCCGACUAUGCUGUUUUUAUGCUCAAGUACUUCAUGUGCUUGGUGGUGGGCAUCACCUCGGGGGUCUGGAUCUGGUCUGGAAAGACAUUGGAGACCUGGCGCAGGUUCCUAGUGCGGUGCUGCCCCUGGUGGCCUUACAAGGUGGCGGCACCGCCCCCUGUGUACGCAGAGGCCGCGGCUUUAACAGGAGCAGUCCCGGGAAUGUAUCACAAAGCACAGUCUCAUACAUGA